CGCAGCAUGGCUCACGGGCCCGGCGCGCUGAUGCUCAAGUGCGUGGUGGUGGGCGACGGGGCGGUGGGCAAGACGUGCCUGCUCAUGAGCUAUGCCAACGACGCCUUCCCGGAGGAGUAUGUGCCCACCGUCUUCGACCACUACGCAGUCAGCGUCACCGUGGGGGGCAAGCAGUACCUUCUGGGACUCUAUGACACGGCCGGACAGGAAGACUAUGAUCGGCUGAGGCCUUUAUCCUACCCGAUGACUGAUGUCUUCCUGAUAUGCUUCUCUGUGGUGAACCCAGCCUCGUUCCAAAAUGUGAAAGAGGAGUGGGUACCAGAACUUAAGGAAUACGCACCCAAUGUCCCCUUUUUAUUAAUAGGAACUCAGAUCGAUCUUCGAGAUGACCCCAAAACUUUAGCAAGACUGAAUGAUAUGAAAGAAAAACCCGUGUGUGUGGAACAAGGACAGAAACUAGCAAAAGAGAUAGGCGCAUGCUGCUAUGUGGAAUGUUCGGCUUUAACCCAGAAGGGAUUAAAGACUGUUUUCGAUGAGGCUAUAAUAGCCAUUUUAACCCCAAAGAAACACACAGUCAAAAAAAGAAUAGGAUCAAGAUGUAUAAACUGUUGCUUGAUUACGUGAGGAAUGUCUUCAGCGGCCAAGGAGACUAUCUCUUGCUCUCAGAAAGCAUAUGAAAAGCUACAGCUAUACAGAGACCUUAGAAAGAAGCAGUUUAAAACUUGGGAGGUCAAGGGGGUGGAAAUAUAAAACAAAACUGCCCUCAGAAUUCUCUAGAGUUCCCUAAGAAUGUUUUUUCAAGGUCUAAGAAGCAGCACACCGCAUCUGAAGCCACAAUCUAUAUUAUAAAUACUUUAUUUCAAUAGAAGGUACAAUCUCUCAGGGGUUUCAUAGUUUCAAAAAGCUACAAUUACAUCGUAUUAUAUCUACAUAGAUAAAACAAAACAACAGUGCUGUAAAUGGAACUGCUUGGCAUUGCCCAUAUGUAUUUCUGCACAGUUUUCAUGGAAAUCUGCACAAAGAAAUAUCUUCUCCUUUUGCUCCCAGUUAAUUAUUCUUGUAUGUAAGUUGCUUUCUAUUCCAGUAGAUCCAGAGUGGUGAAAUAGCAAGCCCAGCCACGUAGCCAAAGGUCGCGCCAAGCGUGCAGGAGAUGGGCCAAACCUGAAGGGGCAACGUGUGAGAGCAAAUACAAACACGUUUUGUUAUUACUUGAGCACAAAGUCAGUGUAACCGAGCUCCUCCGCUAUAAAAAUGUGUUGUGCUUCUGAAAGAAUACCAAAAGUGUAAAGAGGUCCUACCCGCAUUUACCAUGAACACAAAACCUGUACGCGUUUUCCUUCAUGCGCAUUAAACGGUCGCAAGGCUCUGGCAAUUGUAGCUUUAGUUUGAUGCUGCCCAGACUGCAUGAGUUACAUGCUGACGUAACACAUUAAAAUUCGGGGUCAGACUUUGCCAUAACCCUGGGAUCCAUUUAGCUCGCCGGACUAGUUGGUAAAUUUCUUCUCUUUAAUUCCCACAUUGGCUGGGUACAUCAUAUCAAAUGGUAGAAGUGUGUAUACUGACCAAACCACAGAAACUUUUCAUUUGUGUUUGAGAAAGAGAAAAACCUGGAACUCAAGCAUGUCACCUGGAGUUUGUGGCGGGCAGCUGCUUCCGUGUUAAAACUGAAUAGAAGCCCCCGGGAACUCUAACAGAAGUCACAGAGCUGAUCUGUAAGUGAAGCGCCACAGGACUUCCAAAUACCUCCCAUCUGCAGCCAUGCUGCGAUGUACCUGACACCAAGCCGGAAGGAGUUUCUCCUACGAGCAGUGCGUCGGUCCCGGGUGAAUGGCUCUGCCUAAAAACACGCCCCAGGCACCGUUUCCCUCUGCCCUGGGGAGGUGACUUGGUUUACCAGAGCCGUGUUUAAUCUUCCUCUGCUGGUCUGGCCAACAGCACUGUGCUGGAGGUGGACCAUCCAAAUUCCUAGGUCUGUUCCCUGAUGAAGCUUGCUCGGCUCUCGUGAGGAUCUGCCUUAUUACCGAUGCCAUGCAGCUGACAAUAUAAGUGUUAGACUCAGUUGCAGUGUGAGCCAACGAAUGAGGUUGUAUAGAGAAACAUAAUGAACCACACCCUCGCACCCCAGCUUUCCCACAUUUAAACUUGCUGUUGCCUGAAUUAGAAUCACUUGGGUCUGCGGUGGGAUUCUGUUCAUUUCUACGACUUGAGCUUUCAGCUAUAUUGCACAGAUUGGGUAAUGGAACACUAAACUUUUAUACUUGAAAAUGACAGCCUUAAGUGCUCAUUUCCGCCACAAAUCUAGGAUAAACUGUCUUGCUGUAUGUCUGCUUUGUAGAGAUUUUGUAAAAAGCAUCGUUUUUCUCACUGAAGAAUGGAGAGCCUCCCAAAUCACGAGCCAGAGCCUUCUUGCUGAGCAGGACUUCGGACCUCUUCCUUCGCCCGGGAAGCGGUGGUUCCUAUCAAUGCUCACGGCCUUACGUCUGCGCAAACCGAAUCCCAUGUAACUUCCCCCCUUUAAGUUGUGGUUUUACAUAGAAUGGAAAGGAAUUGUAUAAAUCAAUUCGUCUCUUAGUUCAGUUGCCCAAUACCUGGUAUAAAGGAAAUAAGACAGUUAAGUAUUAUACAUUUCUAACUUGCCUUUGGGGAUUUGAUGGGGAUUUAAUAGGAUGUCUCCCUUCAAAUUCACAUUUCUGGAACCUUCACGUUUUGGUUUAAAAUGUAGAUGUGUCCCGAAGCAAGUGGACCAGGCAUCUGCACCUGAGCUCCGGCAUUGCCUAUUUCUUCCCCGGGUCUCAGUUUCCCCGAGUGAAGUCUGGGAGGUGGAGAUCCUCUCUAAUGUCACUCCUGUUGGCCAGCUCUAGAGACGCGCCUCUUGCUCACGAGCAACAAUCACUGUUGAUGUGACCCUUCAGCUGCGCCCCCUAAGAGGGCAAUGGAUGUCGCCGGACCGCAGCACUCUGCAGAGGAGGGGCCACCUCACCGGGGCCUCCGGGGCUGACUGCACCUCGUGGGCUUUGCAGCUUCCCAUGCGUACAGAGAGCGUCUUCACUGUUUGGUUCUUCAAUGUCUUAUUUAUUUUUUUUGCAAAAUUAUUCCUGCCCCUUUAAUUAAAAGAAAACAAACCAAAGAUUUAUUUUCUAUUCAUAAGCAAGCUGCAGAAAAGUGGCUUUGUUUUCAGAAGCACUUCUUCAUAAAAGGGUUAGGUGUUAAUGGAAGUUCAGACACAUCGCUGAAAUGACUCAUUCAAGCUAGUGAAAAAUCUGGGAAAUACUUCAAAAUACGCCAUCGACAUGUAUUUUGCUAGUGAAAACAAAUGCAGCGCUUCAAAUGAGGUCACGCACCCAGGGGCUUCAAAACGUGCGGUAAAAUGGACUUCAUCACAAACCUGAAAUCCCCUUAGUGUGAGUGAGCUUAUUAAAUACUAACAGCUGGUCAUUUUCGCAUAUAGAAAAUGAGUUCUAAAGUUCUUACGUAAAAAUAAGUUUAGCGUCUUUCUGAAGUCUUAUUUAAUACUUUACUAACUUAUACUCUUAUCCUAUCUCUAAAUGUGCAUUUUAGGUUAACCUCGGUUGAGUUAUUAAAUUGACAUUAAGUAGAGCUUGAAUUAAUGGUUGUUAUGAAUUAUCUUAGUUAUCUUAGACACUUGCUUCCAUUCGGCUUCUAAUUAUUAAUUUUAAAUACCAAUGUAUCAGUUCACUGGUUGUUGCUUUUACAAUGAUUGUUACUUUAACAGUGUCCCAUAUUAACACAUGGGGUUACAAAUAAAAUAAUAGUUUACUAUGA